AUGGCCGCCGCGGCGUCUGCGAUCUUUAGCAAGGGGAUAGGCAAUGCCGGGAAGGAAAGCACGAUGCGAGGCCUGGUAUCGUUCAUUGCCGAUCUCAGGAAUGCCAGAGCGCGAGAGCUGGAGGAGAAGCGCAUCAACAAAGAGUUGGCCAACAUCCGGCAGAAGUUCAAGGGUGGCAGUCUGUCGGGCUAUGACAAGAAAAAGUACGUCUGCAAGCUGCUGUACAUCUACAUUCUGGGAUGGAACGUGGACUUUGGCCACCUGGAAGCCGUCAACCUGAUCUCCGCAACGAAGUACUCGGAGAAGCAGAUUGGAUACCUGGCUGUAACGCUGUUCCUCCACGAGGAGCAUGAGUUGCUACAUCUGGUGGUGAACAGCAUACGGAAGGAUCUGGCAGAUCACAACGAGCUCAACAACUGCCUCGCGCUCCAUGCAAUUGCCAAUGUUGGAAGCAAGGGCAUGGGCGAGGCCUUGUGUGCGGAUGUCCACCGGCUAUUGAUCUCUCCCACUUCCAAGCCAUUUGUGAAGAAAAAGGCCGCUCUCACUCUCCUGCGACUUUAUCGGAAGGUUCCCGCCAUCGUACAGCCGGAAUGGAGUGAGCGAAUUAUAGCUAUAAUGGACGAUCCGGACAUGGGUGUGGCUCUCUCUGUAACGUCUCUCGUCAUGGCACUUGCACAGGACAGUCCAGAGGUAUAUCGAGGAAGCUACGUGAAAGCCGCACAGCGACUCAAGUCAGUCAUUGUCGAUCAGGACUACAUGGGCGACUAUGUGUACUACAAAGUGCCUUGCCCGUGGCUGCAGGUCAAGCUUUUACGUUUAAUGCAGUACUUUCCACCUUCGGAAGACUCACAUGUUCGCUCACUCAUGCGCAAAUCAUUGCAAUCUAUUCUGGACAGCGCCAUGGAGUCGCCCAAAAAUGUCCAGCAGAACAACGCGCAGAAUGCGGUGCUUUUCGAGGCCAUUGACCUGAUUAUUCACCUUGACACGGAGCGUGACCUGAUGGUACAGAUAUCGACCAAGCUCGGGAAGUUCAUUGGUUCUAGAGAGACCAAUGUGCGUUAUCUCGGGCUUGAAGCGAUGACCCAUCUCGCAGUUCGUGCAGAAACCCUCGACCCGAUCAAGAAGCAUCAGGACAUCAUCAUUGGUUCCCUUCGAGACCGCGACAUCACAGUACGGCGGCAGGGUCUUGAUCUGCUUUACAGCAUGUGCGAUUCCACCAACUCGCAGAAGAUUGUGGCAGAACUACUCAAAUUCUUGCAGUCGGCCGAUUACGCCAUUAGGGAAGAGAUGGUCCUCAAAAUUGCUAUCUUGACGGAGAAGUAUGCCACGGAUGUCAAGUGGUACGUCGACAUCUCCAUGCGCCUCAUUGCAAUGGCUGGCGAUCAUGUCAGCGACGAAGUUUGGCAGCGAAUCAUCCAAAUCGUAACAAAUAACGACGAGCUCCAAAUAUACGCCGCGCAGAACAUCCUCCAGUACUGCAAAGCGGAGCAUUGCCACGAGACGCUUGUCAAGAUCGGAAGCUACAUUCUCGGCGAGUUUGGACACCUGAUUGCAGACACACCAGGUUGCAGCCCUAUCGAGCAAUUUCUUGCUCUUCAAGCAAAGUUCGGAUCGAGCCCCCCCAACACCCGAGCAAUGAUUCUCUCAGCCUUUGUAAAGUUCGUCAAUCUAUUUCCUGAGAUCCGACCUCGGCUAUUGGAAACGUUCGAGAUAUACACUCACUCUCUUGACUCGGAGUUGCAGCAGCGGGCGUGCGAGUAUCUUGCGAUAGCGAGCAUGCCUUCUGACGACCUUCUGCGUACAAUCUGCGAUGAGAUGCCGGCAUUCCCGGAAAGGGCGUCUGCGCUUCUGUCAAGGUUAGACAAGAAGCAGGGAGCUGUCGGAGAUAAGCGUACAUGGGCCAUCACGGRCAAAGAUGCUGUGCCUGGGCUCGAUCGUAGCGCAACCCUCAAGCGCAACUUCUCUGCUGCUGCUCCGGGCACAAAUGGCCUCGCCACCAACGGCACCAACGGUGGGAUGAAGUCACCCAUUGAAGAGUUAGCUGGGCUUGACUUGACAGGCGGUGCAGUCAAUAUGGCCAGCGCCCAACAUCUGUCGCCAGGAUGGGACAUCGGCUACAAUAGGCUCUUGAUGCGGACAGAGGGUAUUCUGUAUGAAGACCUACAGAUACAAAUUGGUCUGCGGUCUGAGUACAGAGGUGUUGUUGGCUGCAUCAUUCUUUACAUCAGCAACAAGUCCUCAGCGCCCAUACAGUCUGUUACUACUACACUGGACAAUCGCUCUUCGGAACAAUUGAAGGCUGACAUAAAGAACUUGCCCGAAACUAAUUUGCAUCCUGGCGAGCAGACAUCACAAACCAUCACGUUCGAAGCCAAGGGGGUCUUUACUGACCCUCCCACGAUUCGAGUUUCAUACAUGGCUGGGGCUUUGCAAGGGCUGACAUUGCAAUUACCCGUAGUGCUGCACAAGUAUAUGGAAAGUGCAGUCCUUAACUCGGAUGAGUUCUUCAAGCGAUGGAAGCAGAUUGGCGGCCCGCCGAGAGAAGUCCAGGAGAUUUUCGACGCCUACGACAUAUCGACCGAUAACACCCGAAGACUACUGCUGGGUUUCAAGUGGGGUGUCUUGGAUGGUGUUGACCCCAAUGCGAAGAACUUUGUAGCUGCUACAGUGCUGCAGACGACUGCUGGAAAGUACGGUUGUCUCUUGCGACUGGAGCCGAACAUGCAGAACAAGAAAUACCGAUUGACAAUCAGAGCGACAGACGAGGCUGUGCCGCCCAUUUUGAUGAAGAUCAUGAAGGAGAGGCUGACCCAGCCUUGGUCGAUUUGA